CUAGGGAAGCUAGAGUGGAGUGUUGAGCACAAAGACGGCCAGUGACAGCAGACCGAUCCGCAGCGGUGGUGGUGGCCACAGUGGGCCAUCAUGGCCAUCCAUGAAGCUCAACCGGCCAUUCGGCAUCCGUCCUCGGAGCGCUCGUUCAGAGUUUUCUUUUCUUCUGCUGCUGCUGCUGCAAGUGCGAAGACAACAGCCGGUCCGGACCCUUGCGGACAGCAAAGCAAAGCUGCGUAAAGCAAAGCAUCAUCACCAUCAUCAUCACCAUCAUCAUCAUCACCAUGGAACACAAAACCAGGUCCACAAUCGCUAUUCACCGAAUAGGAGACACAUCUGGCCCUUGGGAUUCCUGGCCGAUAUGUACUCACCGGUUCACCUGUUCACCUGUUCACCUGUCCUCCCGUAGAGUACCAUAGGUUCAUGUACGGGACAAGUUGGCUGAAGGGGGGUUUUUUUUUCUCC